AUGUCUGGAGGAAGUCUCCUAUUUGCGGCUUACACAGUGCUCCUUCUUCUUCUUGUUCCUUCCUCUCGUUCCCAAACAGCUUCCAAUAAUAUUACAGCUGAUAACUCUGAUUGUAUCCGUUUUUGUGGAAAUAUUAACAUAAGCUCUCCAUUCCGAUUGAAAGGAGACUCUAAACACUGCGGCAACAAAAGCUUCGAGCUAUCUUGUGAGGCCAAGGGAAAUGGUACUACUCAUCAUGCAGUGCUAUACUUGUUUUCAGGAAAGUAUUAUGUACAAGCAAUCAAUUACAAUAACUUCACAAUCCGACUUGUGGAUGUUGGUGUUCACAAGAUCAAGGACAACUACUUCUCCCACCCACUCUUCUCCUUGACCCUCUUCAACUUUUCUUAUUACUCCAAUUAUACAGGUCCUCUUCCUGGGUAUUACCAUAGAGAAUCAUUAAUGUCUAUAGUCUUCCUGAGCUGUGAAAUUCCAAUGCAUCCUUCCCAUCUCAUUGUUGAAACAGCUCCAUGCAUCAGUGGGGUCAACAACUAUUCUUCUUCCAAUUCUUCUUUCUCCAAUGUAACAACAUAUUCUUAUUUCAUAAAAUUUCCGGUUAGGCGUGGUGGCCCAAGGUCAUACAAUUUUGGGGAUUCCUGCAAAAUAACACUAAUGGUUAUGGUUUCCCCUUCAACUGAGGAGCUCAUGACGUCUUGCAAAGGAAUAUAUAAUGAAAUAGCGCAUGGCUUUGAACUCUCAUGGCUUUAUUAUGCAUGUUCAGAAACUUGCAGAUCAGGGAAAUUUUGCAAUCUGAACAGCACCGGCAAUGGAAUUCAAUGCGAGCAACGAGACAUAUUGCCAGAAGGUUAG